AUGGCACCUCUCGGAGAUUCGAAGAAGCAGAAAAAGGUCAGUCUUCCCAGGUUGGAGUUGUCUGCGGCUCUUCUCUUGAGCCACUUGUACCACAAGGUGAACACUAGCAUAGCACUGAACACUCAACCGUUCUUCUGGUCGGACUCAACGAUCACACUCCACUGGAUCAACUCGGUUCCGUCAAGGUGGAAAACUUUUGUUGCGAAUCGAGUAUCGGAAGUGCAACAUCUAACAACCAACGGUGUCUGGGCUCACGUUUCGGGUAUGGAUAAUCCAGCGGACAUAAUCUCUCGUGUAAUGGAAGCAAGUCAGUUAGAGGAGUCGUCAGCCUGGUGGACGGGACCAUCCUGGCUGAAACAACCAUCACGUUUCUGGCCUCCAGUCCUCCAAAGUGACCUGCCUGAACUGACAGUGGAAUCCCUCGAAGAACGAUCGGUAUCGUUACCGGUCAGAGAUCACGAACCGAAUGAAAUAUUCGGUCUACGCUCUUCAUUCAUUUCUUUAGUUCGACUCACUGCGAUGCUUCGUCGAUUCAUUCACAACUCCAAACCGGACAUUCGAUCUAAUCGAAAAAUUGGAUUUCUGCGGACGUCCGAACUAAACCAAGCUACAACAACGUUGGUACAGCUAGCACAGUCCGAAGUUUUCUCGAACGACAUCGAUGCCAUAGCCACUGAGGGUCAAGUCAAAUCGAACUCGUUGUUGAAGAAUCUCUGUCCAGUCUUGAGGGAUGGUAUAUUACGGGUCGGCGGUCGACUGCGGAACGCGGAUAUACCAGAGGAUAGGAAGCAUCCAAUGAUCCUUCCUGCACGGCAUCUGUUAACAGCAAGCAUUAUGUCCCACUACCAUCAGAAACAUUUGCACGCCGGACCACACCUGCUUGUAGCAUGCGUCCGGGAAAAGUUCUGGCCACUCCGCAUCCGUAACUUGGCACGUAAUGUGGUCCACUCCUGCAUCAAUUGCUUCCGAUGUAAACCAUCGGCACUGGAGCAGCUUAUGGGAGAUUUGCCUGCUGAAAGAGUUACGCCGACAUUGCCGUUUUUGAACACUGGUGUUGACCUGUGUGGACCGUUCCAGUUUCGCAAACUUCGCAAAGAUCAACCAACAAAAUGCUAUGUAGCAAUUUUCAUCUGCCUUGUCACAAAAGCCAUCCACAUUGAGCUGGUUUACGAUCUGUCAACAGCCGCCUUCAUCGCGGCACUACACCGUUUUAUGUCUCGGAGAGGAAAACCACACGUAAUCCACUGUGACAACGCCCAAAACUUCAAGGGAGCCGUCCGAGAGUUAGCAGAGCUGCGCAAACAAUUCUACUCGCAAAAACAUAAAGCAGCAGUGGUAAAUCGUUGCGCAGACGACGGGAUCCAAUUCAAAUUCAUACCACCCUGCAGUCCCAACUUUGGAUGGUUGUGGGAAGCGGCGGUGUAA